UCCGCUGGUGACAGAAAAGAGGAGGGGUAAGGGGUGGAGCUACCUAAAAACCACAAGGGGAAGCUCUGCCCCUCUGUCACCUGACCUGCUCUCCUGACCAAUAGCUCCCGGCUAAGGGAAACAAGGGAGGGUUAUGCCUAGCUGUAACCCCUAACUGCCCGAACUGCUCCCCAUGCCCACAGUCAGCGCCACCUAAGCCUAUACAGCUCGGUGCCACACAUACCCGCAGCGCGCCCCUCAUUAGGAGGAUCUAAUAGGUUUUGGUCUCCGACAAAAUGGCGUCAGGAUAACGCAGGUUCUGAUCUAUAGAGACGUUCAGACUCCGGCUGGUGUAUGUGCGGCAGUGGGUAGGAGACGUGUAGAGUGGAGGAAGCCGGCACCUCCCCCCCCCCCUUACCCUGCCCCCUUCAUGGACCGCAAACGCAAGCGGAUCUGUGACCCCUUCGGAAUAAAGAAACCAAGGGAAGAAAAUCUGAAAUCUGAUGUGAACGUGUACCCGUCACCAUACCCAGAUUUCACAGAGGAACCUCAGGAGGCUUUAUCCUACCUCUGGGAUCUCUUCCCACGCAAACUGUUCAAUGACUCUCUUCCCCCUAUGAUCCUGAGACAUCAGCUGUACAGCCUCAUCCAAGAUCGCACCACCGUAGAUAGGUUACUGAGCAGUUUACAGCAGAAGGGGGAUGUGUGCCUUGUCCAGCCCGGCUUUGAUCCUGACACUUUCCUUGUGGUGAAGAAUGAAGAUUUUCUUGGGUCUGUGAUCAGAAGCAUAGAUGGAAGUUCUGGAGCCAACGUUGUCCGCCGAUUCCUGGACUCCAGCCUGUUCAAUCCCUCUAAAAUCAGCUACAACCGGGAAGAGAUGAUGGAGAAACAUCGGUUCAGUGAUGCAGAGAUCACGCAGCUGGUCCGGGCCGGGCUGCUCACUGUCAGGGAUGCCGGGAGCUGGUGGCUGUCUAUUCCCGGAGCUGGGAAGUUCAGCAAACAUUUUAUAAAAGGACGAAAAACUCUUCUGUCACAGAUCAGCCGCUCCCGAUAUAAAGAAGUCCUCCUCAUAGACCUGUCCACACGGAAACCUCCCUCCGCCAUUAAAUUAGGGAUGGAGUAUCACAUCCAUGACAUCAUCGGGGCCGGGCUAGUAGACUGUGUCCCCACACCCUCCGGGAUCCUCCUCCGUCUCUCGGACUCGUAGAGUAUACUCUCGCCAUCCCCGCGCCUUCACAUUCUUGCACAAUGAGCCUCAUCAUACGCCAUCGCCAGAACAAAUUGUACAAUGAAUUUAUGAGGAUUAUAAUAAAUUCAUCCUUUUUAUUU